GCGGCAUUUUAUGUACACACUGGAAGCGCUUUUGUUUUGGUGCGCUUCAACUUGUGAAAUUUACUUAAAUUCCAAUCUGCAUGUACCAGCAGCAUGCCGAACAGCUCAAAAAAAAGGGAUGCAGCUGAUAUGAAAACGCCCACACGGGCGUGCAACAGCAGUAGCAGCAGCAAUAGUGUCCAAUCGACGCCGAAAGGCAGCUGCCGGCAACGACAGCCUCGGAAAAGACGGCGCAUAGAAAAGGAGAAUCCACAGCAACGCAGAUCCAGUCUCGACUCGCAGGUGGGCGACUGUAACAUAGAGGAUGUCAAAGAGAUUGAUCGACGGCUUCGCAAAGUUGCGCGUGCCAAUGCGAUCAGCAGCGAGGACAUGCACAAAGUUGUGCGCCGAGUCGUGCGCAAUGAGCAUGUCCUGGCCCUGGUUACACUGAAAGCUGAGGAUGAGUUGGCCAGGGAAAAGCGCGAGGCUGCAACGGCCAACGAAGAAGAACAGCAACAGCAGCGUGGUGCCAUCAUUAUCACAGAGACGCCCUCGGUGCCGAAAUUAACGCGCGCCAAAGCCCGAGAGCUCAAUCGAACGCCAGGCAUAACGCUUCCGCCCUUAAAUGAGACACCGCUGAAUGAAAUCGAGGUGCUAAUCCGCGAGGAUCUGCACUCCGACGAGGAGGACGAAGAGUACACCUUCAAGGAAGACGACUUUCAUUCCGAUGAAGAUACCAAUAACACGGCCUCCGAUCUCGACUCGAAUCCCUGCACACCACAAACGCCGCUAACCGCCAACGAGGAGUCGCCUGUCAAGUUCACCUCCGAUGGCUGUUUUAAGCUUCCGCCAGAUAAAAAUGCGGAAGAUCCGCGCAUUGCAACGCGGACGCGCUCCAAAUUCUGUUUGCAGCAGACCACAAUCGAGGAUUUACAGUCGGAGUUUGUGCCACCAGAUGUGGAGCAGGGCGAUGCGCCCGAAUAUGAUAUGACGGCCAAUGAUGCCGAGUGGAUGCAGUUUCUCACUGACUUCUCUAAGCCGUUAAACAACAGUUUUCUGGGCGAUGACGAUGAUCCGAUCAACGAUCCGGAGUAUGUUGCCGCUGAGAUGGUGCCCGUGGAUGCGGAAGAGCUGCGUGAUGUAAAUAUCUCGAAGAAGGAGCUGACAGAUUUGGUCUCUGAGCUGUUUGCCGGGCUACUGCAGGAGGGAGUUUCGCUGGACUCCAUCGAAUUGGAGACACCACAAAAGUUCUUAAAUCAAUCGGAUGUAAUUCCGGCCUCACCAAUCAGCGCUCCGCCAGCCCAGGUCCAGCUGCCCUUGAAUCCCAUCGACCAAGUGACGCGUCAAAUAGACUUUGAUGUACAGGGCCCAGUCGAGGCUGGGGACGUAUCCAUGGCAAAUCAGUCGGAAUUGGACAGGUUUCAGCCUCAAUUGAUGUCUACGCCGAGCACAAUCUGCGGCCUGGUACCGGUGCCCAUCGCGGAGAAUUCCUUGAAUGGCAGCAACUUUGAUGGCUCCUAUACGGUGGUCAACAUUUCCUCGGAGGCCAUUGGACAACAUAUUCCAGAUCUGAUAGCUGUGCCUGUGCCAGGUCAACGAAAUUGCUUUCAGCUGGCCAAGGUAUUACCGGUAGAUGGUGAAUGUCAGCCACAAAUUGCUCCGCCUACUGCUGUACCUCCUACUGCUCCAUCUCCAGAUCCCGUUUCAUUUCAUUAUCCCGAGCCCUAUGACAUCAACUUCACCUGCAAGUAUCUAUCCAUCCGCAAGCAUUUACACUCCGAGUACGAGGCGUACUUUGAGAGUUUGCGCCAUGUAAAGCCAGCUCCGGUGGAGCCACCGAGCAAUGCCAAAGGAUUCACACAGUUGCAGCAUGAUCUGCUACAGCAACAGCUUCGCAUACACACCCAAAUGCUGACGCAGACCUUUCUGCAGACCUAUUCGCAUCCGUUGCUCUACGCGAUGGCGCAUAAGCCCAGACAAAUGCUGCAGGAGCUGCAGCAGCAUGCUGUCAAGGACGCCAGUUUCAAUUGCUGGAAUCUGAAUGGGGCCAUAGAGCUCAUCAACAAAUGGGAGCACGAUCUCAGCAGCGAUGAGUACAAGGAAGAGAACCAAACAAUGAUGCGAUUCAUACACAAGGAGGCGGAGCUAACUGAUGGUCAUACCCGUCAAGUGCCACGCCUGCCGCCCCGCAUCAUGGAUCUCAUGCUCGAUAGCAAGGUCUUCAUGUAUCCACAGUAUUUGCCGCGCAUGGCUUUCCAGCCACGAACUGUCCAAUUCGCCGCCUAUGCCCCGUCGGAAUACCAACUCAUGGCAAUGGGUCUUGAGAAGUAUAUUAAGGCAAUCAAAUGUGCCGAGUUUCCGGUGAGGAAGGGCGCAGAUCCCAUACGCAUUGCAUGCAACCGCAUGGUGAAAGAUCUAAUACAUGGCAAACAGGCACGCCGAGUGUUCGCCAAGAUUCAGGAGCUCUGCGACAUGGAACAGUAUAAUCCGGUCAAAUAUUACUUUGACCACGAGCGAGCACCGCCCGUCAAUCAAGUCCUGAUAGGCUUCGAGGGCGGCAUUGUGCGUACGCCGCGGGAACAAUACGAUUUGCUGCCAAGUGGCUGGAAGUAUUACAUUGAGAAAAACUGGAAUAACGACAAACGCGCCCGUCGCAGCAACCAUAAACAAAUUUCAACACGUUCCUCAUCAGCAGCGAGUACGUCGUAUUUGGAGUUUGUUCGCGAGGCGGUGGGAGAAGAUUUGUUGUUGCCCGACAGUUUUGGCGAGCCUUCAGCGCCAUAUGGCAGUGUCACUAGCUUGGCGCAGUCUGCCACACCUACAAAAACAAAAGCAGAGGAGAAAAGCCCGUCCAGUUCACACCCCAAGCGAUCCCGCCGAUCCGGCGAGCAAAGUUUGUCUUCGCUGACCAUUAAUGUAAAUUACGUCUUCGGGAGCGAUCUAGGAGCCAAUGCCUUCAAAGCCGGCGUCUCUGUGCCAUUUCAGCCCACGGACUACGCUAGCAAUGUGGCGAACAUAAAUAGCAGCCUUCAACCAAGCAGCGAGUGCAGUUUAUUGGCGUUGCCACCCCCAUUGCCGCCACUGCCAAAGGAUGCCCCGCCCGCUGUAAAUCUCUGCUUUGAUGCUGAAACAGAGAGCGUAAAGAUCGUUGAAUUGGAAAAGUCUGCGGAGCAAAAGAACGAGGAACUAAACACCAACAGCUUAAGUUGCUCUGCAGGCAGUGCCAAACGAGCUCGUUGUCGAAUUUAUAAGCGUUUGGUUGUGUCUCGCCAGCAGCGACCACGCCGCUCAGCCACCACAUCAUCGUCGACAACACCGCCGCGAAGUCGCUACCACGUUCUGCGGCAGCGAUUGCGCCGUAAGCUGCAGCGGCGCUGUCAAACCUUAAUCACCAGCUACGCCAGCUACCUGCAGCAGCAGGGCGAGCUCUACGCCCAUUCACCGCCUGUGCAAUACUAUCACAGACGUUUCUUUGCGCUCGAGCUGUACACACAGCUGCUAGUGGAUUUGAAAAUGUUUUGCGAAACCAAGAGUACGCCGGAGUCUACGCCGCAGCAAAAGCGACAACGUAGCGAGGAGGCGGCACGACGAGCCAACCGACAGGAGGAGAUGCUGCGGCACAUGCUGCAGCCGGAUAGUCCAGAAGAGCGCAAUCGCAAGGAUGCCACUUUUGCCUACAACUUCUAUGAGAAAGUGGAGGAGGCAUUGCUGUCCUCCAAUCGCAUGGACGACUGUCACAAGUUCAAUCAUCUGCUGCAAACGUUCGACCCCAAGCAGGAUAAGGUUGCCGAUUUGUAUUUGAAAGUGGAAAAAUUACUGCUGCCCGAUUAUCCAGAGUUGGCGGAGGUGUUUCUCAAUUUUUUGCUACCUGCCGAGGCCGCUGAGCUGGGCAAAUACUUCGAGUACUUCAUGAUCACCAACGCGAGCAACUUUAUCAACAAGCUGAACAUAUACUUUUCUAAACAGCCGGCCCAAGUGCGCAAGAUCUAUGCCUGCCUAAGCGAACUGGCCGAGCUGCCCAGCGUGAGCAUGAAGAAGGUGGAGGCAAAGAUCCUGCCACUGCUGAAAGGCAAUCAGUUCCUAUGCGAUUGGUUUGUACAGCAAUUUCCACAGGCCAAGCCACCAAAGCGUGUGCUGCCGCCAGCGGAGACCAUGAUUCUGCACGAGGUUCUGGGCAACACGAGUGGCUCAUUUGCAGAAACCAUACAAGAUCUGCAGGAGGAUUCGCCGCCGCAGGGCAAACCUCCGGGCUGUCAAUUGAAGUAUCUCAAUGGACGCAUCUUUUAUGGCACCAGAGCUAUGUUGCCCGCUAAACUAUCCUUUCGCGCUGCCAGCCUAUAUGAUGAGCAGUGCCUCGAGCCGCUCAGCAGCACCCUGACCUGUGCCCAUGGCGUGCGAGCUCAGGGCGAGAAAUUGAUAAGCGCUGCUAUCACUGUGGAUAGCGAUGAUGCAGCGGAGCGGAGUGAAGAGGAUGAUGCCAGUCGAACAUUGGUCAUAGACACCACCACUGGAGACGAGGAGAAUAGCAGCUCCUCCCUGGACAUGUGCGAUGACGUGGCAUUGAGAGCACAUGCAAUGCGACUCAAUUCCAACUAUUAUAGCAGCAGCAGCUAUAAUAAUGCCAACAGCAGCACGCCUAAUGUGGGCCAUCAUCAUGGCCCUCAUCAUGCGCACGCGAAGAAGACGGCGAUUAAUUUUGGCGAAACUUCACCGCGUCGCCAGACGGCAAAUAAUGUGUCUCCUCUAUCUGGACUUAGUCCGCUGCUUGGCUCAGCGAGCGGUGCCUCGCCACAGCAGGACAAACGCAAGUCGCCCAGCAAAAAGGUGCGUUCGCCUUCGAAUCAGAGCCAGGCGCGUCCGCGCUACAAUGUGCAGCCCAUGGUGGUAAUACAUGAGCCGGCGGCGCGAGCGCCGGCGCCCGCCUCUCCGGCCAUUGAGUUUGCCAAGAGGUUACGCACCCUGAUCAGCCAGGACAGCAGCGACACGGACACCAAGGCGGACAUACAGAUCAUAGCGCAAGCCAAGAACCCAAGCACUUCCGCAUCCGCUGCCAAACAGGAACUCAAUUCGCAGGAUGAUAAAAAGCCCUUGGCCGAUGCAAUGGAUGGUGGCAUGGAGUCUGAUAUUUCGCUCUCCCAGCAACCCCUCCCUGCCAUUAAAAUGGACAUUGAACAGUCCAACGAUGAACUGAAUGCGACUCCGGCGAGCUCUGGGAGCACGCCACAGCAUGUGAUUACGACGCAGUUCGAUAGUGACGAGGACUGCAAACUGGACGUGGUGGCCAGCCUAGCCAAUUGCGCCGAGGAGGAGACAGAGACGGAGACGGCAACGGCUAACCCUAAAGACGACAUAUUCAAACCGCCGCCAGUUCCGCCCAGCUUAACGACAGCUUGGACGCGAGAAGAGGACAAAGUGAUACUCAUUGAGAUGAAACGUGGUGCCCGGGAUCGUCAGCAUCUAAUCAAGCGCAUAGGCGCUAAGCUGAAAAAUCGCAACGAGUCCGAGAUAAGAAUGCGCCAUCAAUUUUUAAUGGACUUUCUAUCCAAGCUGCAGGGCAAAUAGAUUGAGCGACUCUAUAGUUCGAUUUAGUUCGAUUCAAUAUUUAUAUUGAAGAUUUCUCUUACGAUCAAGAUAAAUUUAUUCAAUGUUCUUGUCAAUGUAUCAACACUCAGAUUGAGAACAUUUUUAUGAUGAUAAACAUCUUUGUAAAUAACUCAAACAUUCAGUUUAGGGGCGCAACUCAUUACAAAUUAGUUUACUACUUAUGUAAAUGGAUGUUCGUUUAUUAUAAAGUCCAAUUGAAAACUUUCUUUAUAGCAUGAACAAAAUUGAUCCUUAAGAUCAAUUUUAGUGAAAAUCUCAUUGUAAUUUGGAUUUUCAUUAGCUUUUGAGCUUAAGUUUAAAUUGUAUAUAAUUAAAGCUUAUUUAUUAGUAAAGCUUACUCCUUAUAAGCUAAACUACGGAAGAAGUAUUUCGUAUACUGUUCUGUGUAAUACUGUUCGUAGAUGCACCAAUCUGAUAAGUCGUAUUUAUUUUGAUUGAUUUUCUAAAUAGCUAAAUAAAUAAAGGCUGCAUAUAACACAAA